AGGCCAGGCCAGGUUGGAAGGUUAACCUUUUAAUUCAGAAAGGUGUGUGGAGAACUAGUGGCUUCGGGGAAAGAAAGACCCUGGGUGUUAAAGAAGCCAGGACCCUGAGAGGCAGUAGCCUCGCGUACUUGGAAGACUCGCCUUGAGGAUGGGUGACCCAGCAGCAGCAGCUGCAGUCUGAUUACUGGAGUGCGGAUAAACUGAGUUGCCCAAUCGCCCGCCACCUCGGCCCCUCUGCCCCUCCACGCCUCUCCGGACCUCGAGUCCGCCAGUGGCCCGCGAGCCGGGCUGGGCGUGCGUGUGGCUGCGCGCGCGGCUCUGUGCGCGCUUGAGUGUGUGUGCGCAGCCCGCUCGCAGAGACUAGCCGCCGGGACCCACGCGCCACCGCCGGCCUCGCGCCCGCCCGAGCGCGGUGUCUCCCGGCAGCCGCCGCCUCAGCCUCGGAGCCCGCGCACCUGGCGCCCGCGGCCCGCCCGCUCGGCCCUACGCUGCCGUCUUUACCUCAGCUCAAAGUUUCCUCCGCACGGACACCUUCGCGAAGGGCUGGCCCGGAGAAGGGUUUCUGAAGCUGUGCCUUGGACUUGUCCUUCCUCACAGCCUCGAGCGUCUACCAUUCCCUUCCCCUCUCGCCCCCCCCCCCCAUCACCCUGGGAGUUCCGGGGAGCCAAGACAAGGGGGUGUUGCCGAGAUAGACACGGGCGGCCGCCACUGAGAAAAAAAUCAUCUGCUUUUUUUUUUUUUUGCCGGAGAAUUAUCUGACAGGCCUAUGUGGGGAUUAAAGAGGAAGGGUACAUAGCAAGCCAAGUUGGCCAAGCAGGGGCCGGGAAGCCGACCUGUCGGGGUGCGGGGAAGCGUCUCCCCCAUCUGGGUUUGUACCCGUGUCCGCCGCCGCCCAGGCCCCGCGACCCCCCUGAAGACGAAAAGCUGCCGGGCGCUGAGGCGGGAAGUCCCGCCGGAGCCUCGGGACUUGGAUGCGCCGCGCUGUCGCGUCUGGAUCUGAGGAACCUGAAGGAGAAUCGACGCGUCUCCAGGGAGCUUAUUGGAGAUAAUUUCAAGAUGUAGAAUCCUUAUAUGCGAACUGACCCACUUGAAUUUGAAGCACCCACUUUGAAAUUACUUCCUGUCAUGGUAGGAAUCAAACAGUGCCAUCAAGAGCUGCAUCAUGAACUGCUUGGACUUCUAAAUUGUCCAGUGGAUUUUCAAUCACACAGCCUUCAAACAAGAGUUUUGAGACAUUCAGAACACAACAGACGGUGUUUGCCACCAGCAUGAGCCCAACAAGUCAAACUGGUGAUAUGUGCAAAGCAGAAUGCAGCUUUCAAGGUUCAAUUCAAGCAGCUGGCUUGUGGAACUCUGAGAGAUGCUGCUGCCCAUGAUGUGUUGGAACUAUCAUGUUCAACAAUCCAGUUUGGAUUUCACCCAGUGGCCAAGAGCUUUGCAUGGUAGACCGCAAGGGUUGGAUUUUUAAAAGAAGUAAAUCAGGCUCCUGACCAAGGUGUAGACUAAGAGGUGGAGUCAUGCUUCACACGGCCAUAUCAUGUUGGCAGCCAUUCCUGGGUCUGGUUGUGAUGUUAAUCUUCAUGGGGUCCACUAUUGGCUGCCCUGCUCGCUGCGAGUGUUCUGCCCAAAACAAAUCUGUUAGCUGCCAUAGACGGCGGUUGAUCGCCAUCCCAGAGGGCAUUCCCAUUGAGACCAAAAUCUUGGACCUCAGCAAAAACAGACUAAAGAGUGUCAACCCUGAAGAGUUUAUAUCCUACCCUCUCCUGGAGGAGAUAGACUUGAGUGACAACAUCAUUGCCAAUGUGGAGCCAGGAGCAUUUAACAAUCUCUUUAACUUGCGUUCUCUCCGCCUAAAAGGCAAUCGCCUGAAGCUGGUCCCUUUGGGGGUCUUCACGGGGCUAUCUAACCUCACCAAACUUGACAUUAGUGAGAAUAAGAUAGUCAUUUUGCUGGACUACAUGUUCCAGGAUCUGCAUAACCUGAAGUCUCUAGAAGUGGGGGACAAUGACUUGGUUUAUAUAUCACACAGGGCCUUCAGUGGGUUGCUUAGCUUGGAGCAGCUCACCCUGGAGAAAUGCAACCUAACAGCUGUACCAACAGAAGCCCUCUCCCACCUCCGCAGCCUCAUCAGCCUACAUCUGAAACAUCUCAAUAUCAACACUAUGCCCGUGUAUGCCUUUAAGAGAUUGUUCCACCUGAAACACCUAGAGAUUGACUAUUGGCCUUUACUGGAUAUGAUGCCUGCCAACAGCCUCUAUGGCCUCAACCUCACCUGUCUUUCAAUCACCAAUACCAACCUGUCCACUAUACCCUUCCUUGCCUUCAAGCACCUAGUGUAUCUGACGCACCUUAACCUAUCCUACAAUCCCAUCAGCACUAUUGAAGCAGGUAUGUUCUCUGACCUGAUCCGCCUCCGGGAGCUUCACAUAGUCGGGGCCCAGCUCCGCACCAUUGAGCCUCACUCCUUCCAAGGGCUCCGUUUCCUUCGCGUGCUCAACGUGUCUCAGAACCUACUGGAAACUUUGGAAGAGAAUGUCUUCUCCUCCCCGAGGGCUUUGGAGGUCCUGAGCAUUAAUAACAACCCACUGGCCUGUGACUGCCGUCUCCUCUGGAUCCUGCAGCGGCACCCCAAUCUGCAGUUUGGGGGCCAGCAGCCCAUGUGCGCUGGCCCAGAUACCAUUCGUGAGAGGUCAUUCAAGGAUUUCCAUAGCACUGCCCUUUCUUUUUACUUCACCUGCAAAAAACCCAAAAUACGUGAAAAGAAACUACAGCACCUGUUGGUGGAUGAAGGGCAGACAGUCCAGCUGGAAUGCAAUGCUGAUGGAGACCCUCAACCUGUGAUUUCCUGGGUGACACCCCGAAGGCGUUUUAUCACUACCAAGUCCAAUGGAAGAGCUACAGUGUUGGGUGAUGGCACCCUGGAAAUCCGUUUUGCCCAAGAUCAAGACAGUGGGAUGUAUGUUUGCAUCGCUAGUAAUGCUGCUGGGAAUGACACCUUCACUGCCUCCUUGACUGUGAAAGGAUUCACUUCAGACCGCUUCCUAUAUGCGAACAGGACCCCUAUGUACAUGACCGACUCCAAUGACACCGUUUCUAAUGGCACCAAUGCCAAUACUUUUUCCCUGGACCUUAAAACAAUACUGGUGUCUACGGCCAUGGGCUGUUUCACUUUCCUGGGGGUGGUUUUAUUUUGUUUUCUCCUCCUUUUUGUGUGGAGCCGAGGGAAAGGCAAACACAAAAACAGCAUUGACCUUGAGUAUGUGCCCCGAAAAAACAAUGGUGCUGUUGUGGAAGGGGAAGUGGCUGGAGCCAGGAGGUUUAACAUGAAGAUGAUCUGAGGGUCUACCAUGCACACUCUGUUUUCUGUGUCACUGUUGGUUGCCAGCCAGGCAGCCUGGCACAGUAAACUACUGGGUUACAAGGCAGCUUAGAGUAGCUGCCCCUGUGUCAAAGUAGGGUCCAUGGAAGCAGGAGGACUUCUUAUGGGGACUCUCCAUCUAGAGGCAGGCAGGCAUGUAUCAGAGCCCUUCACACAGUGGGAUACUAAUUGUUUGCAUUGCAAAUAUUGGCAUUCUGGGGAUCUCAGUAAUGAACCUGAACCUUUGGCUCAUGCUCAUGGACAAUUACUCAACAUUUUCUACCACUGCAAAAA